AGCAGGUGUCCCCUUUCCUGAACUAAUUUGCUUUUUUUUUUUAACAGACUUGGAGUUACGGUGCCCGCACUUUAGCCGUCACAAAAUAAUUUUUUUUUAUGUUUGGGUUCUUUGCAAAUUUGUGAAACUUCCUCUUUUCCCCUCUAUAUCUGUAGUGAUGGCCCCCACCAAGUCUGCUGCCGCCAAGAAGAACCAGAAGUUCGUCAUUGACUGCUCUGGUCCCGCCAACGACAAGAUCUUCGAUGCCGCUGCUUUCGAGAAGUACCUUCACGAUCGCAUCAAGGUCGAGGGCCGCACCAACAACCUUGGUGAUGCCGUCAAGAUUGUCCGUGGUGCUGAUUCCAAGAUCACCGUCACUGCCAACAUUCCUUUCUCCAAGCGUUACCUCAAGUACCUUACCAAGCGUUUCUUGAAGAAGCACCAGCUCCGUGACUGGCUCCGUGUCAUCGCCACUGACAAGCAAACCUUCGAGCUCAAGUACUUCAACAUCAACCAGGGUGAAGAAGAGGAGGAGGAGGAUGACGAGUAAAUUAUUUACUCUAACCUUCGCACUUGAUAAACCUCUCUAGAGCAUGUUUCUAACUUGCAAUUUCUGAAAAAUAAAUGUUUCAUAAACCGUAAGGGCGAGAUGACAACGAGCCCCAGAGAGGUUUUGUUCUCUCAAAUCACAAUGUCUGCAGAAUGAACCUCGAUGUCUAACAUUGUUU